AUGGAUGACAGUAUUUCUUCUAAUAAUCAUAAUAACCAAAAUGGUACCGAAACAAAGGAAACACCAGGUGAACCGGUUAACCUUAGUAAAAAAACUUUGGCUUUGUUAAAUGCUGACCAAAGUCCUCCAGAGAAUGACGACAUUCCGAUUUGGCAAAAGACUAUGUUGACCUAUUUUUAUUCGAUUCUUGGUGAAGAUUCUCCUCCAAGUCAACUUACUCGUUCUCGCUCUCGUUCUCGUCGAGUUGAGGAACCUACAACUCCCUCAGAAGCUCAGUUAUCGGCUCCUUACAUUGAAGAACAGCGUCCUGAACAUCCUGACUAUAUAAAACGUAUUUUUACUCAAGCUGAAUUAACUGAAUUAGACGAAGCACCAGAAACAACUGAGAUAGAGGAAUCUACACGAAAAAAAAAUUUGAGAAAACGUUUUCACCAUGCUAUUAAUAUGGCAACCGUCAACUUAAGAUUUUCAAAGGGUGAUAGUAGACAAUUACAAGAAGUUGGUGAUAGUCAGGGUUUUACUACAUGGUUAACUGCUGUACCAUUUUUAUGGUUAAGAAAAGAUCAUAAAGGGCGUAAAGCGCUUGCGAUCACUGACUCUAAAAAAGAUCCGCUAUCACACAAUUGGCUAAGUCUUUUCCGAAUCGAAUUAGCAUACGGUGAUAUUAAAUGGGUAUUAAAUCGAACUGGUUUUGAUUUCAUAAGUCUUCAUGUUAAUUUGACACGAAGAGCUGAAUUUGCUCGUUGGAUACCAAAAUUCCCUUCCGGAAUUUCAAAAUGGUUCAAAUCUAAAAUCCUUCAUUCAAAUGAUUCAAGUCGUUCUGAUGCUCUUGAGAGACGAAAGGAAUUAGAACAAUAUUUAAUUAGUGUGAUAAAAGAAUUAUGGUCGCAUCUUCUUGUUUCUUAUGAACUUUACGAAUUUCUGGAACUUAGUGCGAUUUCAAUUACUAGAGAUAUGGGAUGGAAAGGUAAAGAAGGUUAUAUGGAACACAAAGUUGAACGAUUUAAACAUCCUAUUUGUUCGCUUAGAUUUACAAACGAAAAGUGGGAACGAAGUUGGAUUAUAGUUCGCGAUUCGUAUAUUGCCUUUUGUUCAAACGUUAGUUCAACGAUCCCUUCGGAUGUUUUUCUUAUAGAUAAACAUUUUAUAUGCAAUAAAUUAACUCAUCAAGGACUUUCUCAUAUGUUACAAUUUCAUGAGCAUAUUGAAAUCAAAAAUAGUUCGCGUAGAAUUGAAAUUAAAACUGAUUCAUACGUUUUAAAGGACUUUAUGAAUAGUAUUGAAACUAUUAAAAAUGCUUCUCCAUGGGUUAAACAACAUCGACACGAUUCAUUUGCUCCCAUUAGAGCGAAUGCAAAAGUUCAAUGGUAUGUCGAUGGCAAAGAUUAUUUCUUUGCUGUGUCACAGGCUUUAUUGACUGCAAAAUCCGAAAUUUAUAUUGAAGAUUGGUGGCUGUCUCCUGAAUUGUAUCUUCGCCGGCCGCCUUCUGAUAACGAAGAGUUUCGACUAGAUAAAUUAUUAAAAAAAAAGGCUGAAGAAGGCGUGAUGAUUUACAUUAUUGUAUACAAAGAAGUUACUGUUGCUUUACCUUUGGAUUCUCAUCAUACCAAAUUUUACCUUCAGGGUCUUCAUAAAAAUAUUAAAGUACAAAGACAUCCUGAUCAUGGUAUUGAAGGAACAAUAUUCUGGGCACAUCAUGAGAAAAUGGUAGUGGUUGACAGUCGUAUAGCAUUUAUUGGUGGUUUAGAUUUAUGUUUUGGACGUUAUGAUACUCAUUCUCAUGACCUAUCUGACUGGCCUCAAAAUACGAAAGGCCCAACAAUAUGGCCCGGUCAAGAUUUUUCAAAUCCAAGAAUAAAAGAUUUUCAAAAUGUCACUGAUCAUCAGAAUGAAAUAAUCGAUAAAUCUCGUUACCCACGUAUGCCCUGGCACGAUGUUGGUACACCAGCUCGCGACGUUGCCCGGCAUUUUGUUCAAAGAUGGAAUUUCAUCAAAGAUAAAAAAUCGUUUGAACGCGAAACGUUGCCAUUUUUGUUGCCGAAAGGUGAAUAUGUCAGCACCCGUGAUGAAUCCAGAUUCAAUGGAACUUGUGAAGUUCAAAUUUUACGUAGUAGUGCAGUCUGGAGUAUGGGAAUUGAAGUCGAGAGUUCUAUCUACAGCGCAUAUCAACAUUUAAUUCGGAAUGCUAAGCACUAUAUUUAUAUUGAAAAUCAAUUCUUUGUUACAUCAACAGAAGAUGAUCCAAAUUAUGUUGUUAAAAACAGGAUUGGCAAGUCUAUUGUUGAACGUGUAAUAAAAGCACAUCAGGACGGUGAGAAAUUCCGAAUUAUUGUUGUCAUGCCUUUAUUACCCGGGUUUGAGGCGGAUUUAAAUUCUAGUGAUGCCGGAACAAUUCGCAUGGUAAUGCACUGGCAAUAUGUCUCAAUUUGUCGAGGUGGUAAAUCUGUAUUAGAAAAAAUAAGGCAAGCUGGUAUAGAUCCGGAAAACUACAUAUCAUUUUUCGCAUUGCGUGGCUAUGACAAAAUUAAACAUAAGGAAUACAAUGGUAGCGUACCUAAUGGUUCUAUUAAAGACAAGCAGAAUGAAAUCUUAGAUGAAUCGCAGCCAUCACAUAAUAAUAUUAGUACAGAUUCAUAUUCUGAUGAACAAACGGAGUCUUCUUUAAAAGGAAUCGGAGGCGAGCCGGGCAUGCCUGCUAGCAUGAUAGAUUUAGAUCCAAAGUGUUCUUAUAUUUCAGAAGAGAUAUAUAUUCAUAGCAAAAUGAUGAUUGUUGACGAUAAAUAUGUUAUUAUUGGUUCAGCCAAUUUAAAUGACAGAUCACAACUAGGCCAUCGUGAUUCAGAAAUAGCAAUCCUUGUCGAGGACAAGCAAACUGUUCCAUCACGCAUGAAUGGACAAAAGUAUGAAGCAUCGAAAUUUGCAUAUACGUUACGCAGCAACCUUUUCAAGGAAUUUUUAGGUCGUUUGAAACCUCAAGAUCAUGCAACAAUUACCGAAAGCAGUUUAGCUCCGGUUCAGCCUGACGUAUUAAAGGAACUAUUGAAUGAUAGGGAUCCUUUAUCCAUACCAAUAUUGGAUGAAUUAAUGACCAGUUCAGAGCCUAAUCAUCUUACAAAGGAAGACUUGAUUGUUAUGGAUCCGUUGUCUGACGAAUUUUAUACUUAUUGGCAAAAAGUUGCACAAGAUAAUACUGCUAUUUAUAGAUCAGUUUUUAAAUGUAUCCCUGAUGAUAAUGUCACUAAUUGGAGCGAAUACGAGAAUUUUGUACCAAAUCCAGCAAUUGUUGAUAAAGGACAUGUAGCAAUUUCAAAUAACUAUGAUGUAAAAGCAAAGUUGGACAAGAUUCGAGGACAUUUAGUUACAUUCCCUCUUCAUUUCUUAGAGUCAGAAAACUUAAUGACAAGUGCUACCCUUCAGGAUCAACCAUAA